AUGUACGUUUUCCCUUUCUACACUUCGCUGCUGUUUAUCGGCAGGAUGUACGGCGGCUAUGGCGGAGGUGGGCCGGGGUUUAACGGUGGACUAGGAUUCGGAUUCGGAAUGACUCCCGAGAUGAUGCAGCCUCCCAAGACUACGAAUACGCGUGACGUGAGCUCCUCUUCUUCUUCUUCUUCUUCCUUCUUACACUUCCGCCCCUCUCUCAACCCGCCUUCCACCUCCCAGCCUUCCCUCCUCCCGCUCUUCCCCGACAACCUCUCGACAGACGAGAGAAAGACGAACACUGACCUCUUUUGA